AUGCCUCUACUCGGGUGCCAUGCUGGUCAGCUGCCUGAUCUUUCUGGUGCGCACGACCCACCUGUCCUUCUCCAUGGACAAGGCCAUCGCCAUCUUGGUUGCUGUACCCGCCGCCGGCUUCCUGGUGCCCCUCUUACUGUUGCUGCUGGUCCAGGCCAUGUCGGUGAGCGCGGCGGAGCGCUCCUACGAGGGCAAGGCUCUUCUGUGUGGCAGUUCAGAAUGAUGGAUCAAGCGAGAUCAGCAUUCUCUAACUUGUUUGGUGGAGAACCAUUGUCAUAUACCAGGUUUAGUCUGGCUCGGCAAGUAGAUGGUGAUAACAGUCAUGUGGAGAUGAAAUUAGCUGCAGAUGAAGAAGAAAAUGUUGACAGUAACAUGAGGGGUAACCAAACCAGUAUCACAAAACCGAAAAGGUUAAAUGGAUAUAUCUGCUAUGGGAUCAUUGCUGUAAUCAUCUUUUUCUUGAUUGGAUUUAUGAUCGGCUACUUGGGCUAUUGUAAACGUGUGGAACCACAAGGUGAUUGUGGGAAACGGGCAGCAACACAGCCUUCAUGCCCAGAGGAGACAGAAACUUUCGAAUCAGAAGAGCAACUCCCUGGAACACCUCGCAUAUUCUGGGCAGACCUCAAAUCAGCAUUGUCAGAAAAACUGAAUGUCAUAGACUUUGCCAAGGCCAUCAAGAUGCUGAAUGAAGAUUCUUAUGUCCCACGUGAGGCUGGAUCUCAAAAAGAUACCAGUUUGGCUUUUUUCAUUGAAAAUAAAUUACAUGACUAUAAACUCAACAAAGUCUGGCAUGAUGAACAUUUUGUUAAGAUUCAGGUUAAAGGCAGUUCUCAAAAUUCGGUGUCUGUAGUCAGUGCAAGUGGUGAUGGCAGUCAGGCGUACUCAGUGGAGAAUCCUGAGGGUUACGUGGCAUAUAGUAAGGCUGCGACAGUUACUGGUAAACUGGUCUAUGCUAAUUUUGGCACUAAACAAGACUUUGAGGAUUUAAAUAUGCCUGUGAAUGGAUCUUUAGUGAUUGUAAGAGCUGGAAAAAUCACUUUUGCUGAAAAGGUUGCAAAUGCUGAAAGUUUAAAUGCAAUUGGUGUCUUGAUAUACAUGGACCAUAGUAACUUUCCCAUUGUUAAUGCAAAUCUUCCAGUUUUUGGACAUGCUCAUCUGGGAACAGGUGACCCUUACACACCUGGAUUCCCUUCUUUCAAUCACACUCAGUUUCCACCAUCUCAGUCAUCAGGAUUGCCCAACAUACCUGUCCAAACAAUUUCCAGAGCUGGUGCAGAAAAGCUAUUUCAAAAUAUGGAAGGAGAGUGUCCUCGUAGUUGGGGAACAGACUCUUCAUGUAAGCUGGUAUCCUCACAGGAUAAGAAUGUGAAACUUAGCGUGAACAAUGUGCUGAAGGAGAUAAGAAUUUUAAAUGUCUUUGGAGUUAUUAAGGGCUUUGAAGAACCAGAUCGCUAUGUUAUAGUAGGGGCCCAGAGGGAUGCCUGGGGUCCUGGAGCUGCAAAGUCCAGUGUAGGAACAAGUCUGCUAUUGACACUUGCCCAGAUACUUUCCGAUAUGGUCUUAAAAGGUCAGUUUAAACCCAGCAGAAGCAUUGUCUUUGCCAGCUGGAGUGGUGGAGACUUUGGAGCUGUUGGUGCCACUGAAUGGCUAGAGGGAUACCUUUCCUCAUUGCAUUUAAAGGCUUUCACUUAUAUUAAUCUGGAUAAAGCUGUUGUUGGUACUACCAAUUUCAAAGUUUCUGCCAGCCCACUGUUGUAUUCACUUAUUGAGAAAAUCAUGAAAGAUGUGAAACAUCCACUUACUGGGUUGUCUCUGUAUCGGGACAGCAACUGGAUCAGCAAAGUGAAGAAACUUUCUUUGGAUAAUGGUGCUUUCCCUUUCCUUGCAUAUUCUGGCAUCCCGGCAGUCUCUUUCUGUUUUUGUGAGGACACAGAUUACCCUUAUCUGGGCACCCCCAUGGACACCUAUGAGACAUUGGGCGGAGAAGUCCCUCAGUUGAACAGAGUGGCUCGGGCAGCAGCAGAAGUGGCUGGUCAGCUUGUGAUUAAACUUACCCAUGAUGUUGAGCUGAACCUGAACUAUGAGAUGUAUAAUGAUGAAAUACUUAGGUUUGUGAAGGAAAUGAACCUAUUCAGAGCAGACAUAAGGGAUAUGGGUCUGAAUAUGCAGUGGCUGUAUUCUGCUCGUGGAGACUUCUUCCGUGCUACAUCUAGACUAACAACGGAUUAUAAGAAUGCUGAGAAAACAGACAGAUCUGUGAUGAGGGAAAUCAAUGACCGUAUCAUGAAAGUGGAAUAUCACUUCCUCUCACCCUAUGUAUCUCCAAGAGAGUUUCCUUUCCGACACAUCUUCUGGGGCGCUGGCUCUCACACUCUGUCAGCUUUACUGGAGCACUUGAAGCUGCGUAAGAAAAAUAGUGAUGCUUUUAAUCAAACACUGUUGGAAAACCAGUUGGCUCUAGCAACUUGGACUAUUCAGGGAGCUGCAAAUGCCCUUUCUGGGGACAUUUGGGACAUUGACAACGAAUUUUAA